AUGGCGACGUUUUCCAGCGCUAUCAGCAAAAAUUUCCUUAUUCUUCAGCUCUGGGCCCUCUGUUGCCUAUGCGCGACUCCAGCUAGCUUCUGUGCGAGUUUGAAUACGGCUUCUACCAACGCCAACCUUAGCAACUUCCAGAGUCACGGCCUUUGCGGCGACUUCUGCCGCGGAGAUUACGCAUACGCGGUCGUCAACUAUCAGUCUUGUUGGUGCUCCGAUUACACACCUGGCGAUUCCACUAUUGUAGACGACGACAGGUGCAAUACCGGCUGUCCCGGCUACUCAGAACUCUGCGGUGGUAAAGGCGUCUACGGUUAUCUCGAGCUUGGCAAAAACCCGAAAGGGACAAAAGGCGGCGAUUCGGACGGUUCGACCGUGGUCUCUACAGUAACCGCGCCCGAUGGCGUCCGGACGGUCACGGUGACACCUAGCCAGAAUCCGGGAACACACGGAGCGAUUCAGGACGACGGCCAAAAGAAGAAGGGCCCGAGCUCAGGGGCAAUCGCGGGAAUCGUUGUCGGAGUGGUCUUGGCCAUCGCGGCGAUAAUAGCGGGAGCAUGUCUCAUCCUCCGACGACGGCGACAGGCGAGAAACGGCCAGGAGGGCGCGUUCGAGGCUCGAAGUUCUCACUCAUCAGCCUUUGCAGGCUGGGGUUCCGAUGCGAAAGAAAAGGACAACCCUGCGGCUCCUGCAGCUGCUGUUGUGGCGGGGUCGGUUGCUGGGAGCAGCAGCCGGAAUAGUCGCUUGAUGCCCAUAGAUCCUAGAAUGGAUCCAUUCUCAGCAGGCAUAUAUGCUCGCACCAAGAGCCGAGAAAGCAUCAACACAUUACACGACGACCAGGACUAUUCGCGACGAGUGCAUCAGCCGCGCGUGCUUCGAGCGACAAACCCGGAUCCUCUCGACGAAUGA